AUCCCUGCUGCGCUGUGGCAGAGGAGCGCUACUCAGCACAGCAGUGUCCACCAGCGGCUUGCUGUGAACUGAGUGCAGCACGGUAACCUGGGCACAGUCUGGAGAUCUCAGCAGCACACAUGCACAGCUCAGCAGACCUGGAGAAUGGUGUCCCUGCCCUGGCCAGCAUCGCUGGGAUGAACAUGAAGCCCAUUCCAGAGGAGCCGGUUCAGAGCGAUCAUCUUGCAACUCCAGAGGCUGGUACUGCAGAUGACAGCGCCUCGGCUGCCAGCAGCAUGGAGGUGACUGACCGCAUCGCCUCCCUGGAGCAGCGAGUCCAGAUGCAGGAGGACGAGCUCCAGCUGCUGAAGUCUGCACUAGCCGACGUCGUCCGGAGGCUCAACAUCUCUGAAGAACAGCAGGCCAUGCAGAACAGGAAGGGACCCACCAAAGAUCAGCCUUCCACCAAAAAAACAGCCCCUUCAGAGGCUGCUAGAUCUGGCAAUGUGUCCAAGCCAGCGAGACCGCUGAUGCCGACAUUGCCUCUGAGGCCCGUUGUGAAUAAUGGAACGGUACUACCAAAGAAAACGAGCGGCUCACUGCCUUCUCCAUCUGGAGCCAGGAAGGACACUUCAUCACCAGCAAACAAGAGUACUGUGAAGAGAGCCGGCUCGACGGAGCGGGUGGGGCCGAUGCGCAGGGAGAGCCCGGGGGACCCCAAGAGCAGCCGCACCCGCACGGGCUCCACCAGCAGCAACUCCAGCGGCAAGAAGACCAGCGAGAGCAAACCCAAGGACCCCGUAUUCAGCGCAGGGAAACGCCGGGUGACGCACUGUAAAGAGGAAGGGUAUGUGAAAAUGUUUUUGCGUGGGCGUCCUGUUACCAUGUACAUGCCUAAAGAUCAAGUGGAAUCCUACAAUCUGGAAGCUAAAGCAGACCUGCCGGCCAAGAAGCUCAAACUGGAUUGGGUCUAUGGGUACAGAGGCCGGGACUGCCGCUCAAACCUGUACCUGCUGCCGACCGGUGAGACUGUGUACUUCAUUGCUUCAGUCGUUGUGCUGUACAAUGUAGAAGAGCAGCUUCAGAGACACUACACCGGACACAACGAUGAUGUCAAGUGCCUAGCAGUCCACCCUGAUAAAAUCACCAUAGCAACAGGGCAGGUUGCCGGAACAUCGCCUGAUGGAAAACAGCUGUGCCCCCACGUGCGGGUCUGGGACUCGGUCAGUCUGAACACGCUCCACGUGCUCGGAAUGGGCUUCUUCGACCGGGCAGUGACAUGCAUCGCCUUCUCAAAAUCCAAGGGAGGCAGCAAUCUCUGUGCAGUGGACGACUCCAACGAUCAUGUUCUCUCUGUGUGGGACUGGCAGAAGGAGGAGAGGCUCGCUGAAGUCAAGUGUUCCAAUGAAGCUGUGUUUGCAGCAGAUUUCCACCCCACAGACACCAACAUCAUAGUGACCUGCGGAAAAUCUCACCUGUACUUCUGGACCUUAGAAAGCGGCUCUUUAGUUAAGAAGCAAGGCUUGUUUGAGAAGCAAGAGAAGCCCAAGUUCGUCUUGUGUGUGACAUUUUCAGAAAACGGGGAUACGAUAACAGGGGACUCGAGUGGGAACAUCCUGGUGUGGGGGAAAGGUACUAAUAGGAUUAGCUGUGCUAUUCAAGGGGCACAUGAAGGUGGCAUUUUUGCACUUUGCAUGCUACGCAAUGGCACGUUAGUGUCGGGCGGUGGGAAGGACAGAAAGCUGGUCUCCUGGGAUGGGAACUACCAGAAGAUACAGGAGGUUGAGAUUCCUGAGUCAUACGGUCCUGUCCGGACAGUGGCUGAAAGUAAAGGAGAGUGCGUUCUUAUCGGCACCACCAGAAACUACGUUCUUCAAGGCACUUUAUAUGGGGAGUUCAACCCAAUCACCCAGGGUCACACGGACGAGCUCUGGGGCCUGGCAGUGCAUCCAUCUAAACCCCAGUUCUUAACGUGUGGCCACGACAAGCACAUCACGCUCUGGGACUCCUCCUCUCACCACCCUGUCUGGAGCAAGACUAUAGAGGAUGCAGCCCAGUCAGCUGGCUUCCAUUCCUCUGGAGCCGUCGUCGCUAUAGGAACGCAGACUGGGAGGUGGCUUGUUUUGGACACAGAGACAAAGGACUUGGUCACAGUUCACACAGACGGCAGUGAGCAGCUGUCAGUUAUGCGCUAUUCACCAGAUGGUCAUUUCUUGGCAAUUGGAUCUCAUGACAAUUACAUUUAUAUCUACGGAGUGAGCGACAACGGCAGAAAAUACAGCAGAGUUGGGAAGUGCUCAGGUCAUUCCAGUUUCAUCACUCACUUGGACUGGUCAGUUGACUCCCAGUAUCUAAUGUCUAAUUCAGGAGACUAUGAGAUCUUGUACUGGAUCCCAUCUGCAUGCAAGCAGGUAGUCAGUGUGGAAGCAACCCGAGAUAUCGAAUGGGCCUCCUGUACCUGCACGCUAGGAUUCCAGGUGUUUGGACUGUGGCCUGAGGGUUCAGAUGGAACCGAUAUCAACGGCGUCUGCAGAUCUCAUGAAAAGAAACUGUUGGUUACUGGAGACGAUUUUGGAAAGGUUCAUCUCUUCUCUUACCCAUGCUCACAAUUCAGGGCUCCAAGCCACAUCUAUGGCGGACACAGCAGUCACGUGACCAAUGUGAACUUCCUGCAUGACGACAGUUACCUCAUCUCCACUGGUGGUAAAGACAUGAGCAUUAUGCAGUGGAGAGUUGUAUAAGGGGGCCUGGAGAAAUGAAGGAGGGCUCUGUCCAUGGGGACAAACCCAUGCAAGAAGUUUUCAACCACAAAUGAAGCAAAGAAAGCGAUUAUUUAAACAAAGGCUGAAUUUUACAUUUCUGGUUCAUCACAGCUCAGGAAACAAAAAAAAGAAAAUGCGUUCAGAGCCCCAGCCACCACUCAGCCUUCAACCGGAGAUCGGUUUUUAUUUUGUGGCUAACAUUGUACUAAGGGAAGGUUAUAUGCAUAUACUGCUUAGGUAUUUAGGUAAGCAAAAAUAUAGAUCGUAAACUGUCCUGUUUAUUUUCAAAGUGUUUAUUCUCGGUCACACCAAUGCCUUUAGAGAAUGUAAAUAUGUCUAGUUGUUUUUGUUUAAACGUCACUUCUUGUUGGUCCAAUGCAAUAUCUUCUCCAGUAUCAGCUCCACCUCGGUACCUGUUGCUGUUCUCACUGGAUCAUCACUCCCUGACUGUACACACUGCACACCUGUACGCUGUUUACUCCUGCAAACUGUACACACUGCACACCUGUACGCUGUUUACUCCUGCAAACUGUACACACUGCACACCUGUACGCUGUUUACUCCUGCAAACUGUACACACUGCACACCUGUACGCUGUUUACUCCUGCAAACUGUACACACUGCACACCUGUACACUGUUUACUCCUGGACCAAGUCCACUGUGUUCCACUUCUGCCAGGGUUAAGCAUUCUAUUGAGUCUGGUGUGUCAGGACACACUGCCUGCCUUUUUAAGAUUAUAUUUAAUGAAGAACCAGAAUAUGAAUCCGAUCGUUAACACAGGCCACAGGCGACCGUUCUUAAAACGUGGCAGUUUCAUCUCAAGGCGUGUAGGGAAGCUACAGCAUAUACGGGAUAAAUGCCUGAAGGUGUUUUUCUUUCAACAGGCUGACGUUACACAUUGCUGAGCACUCAUGACAGUGGACUGUAUUAUGCAUUGUGUUUAUAGUAAGGCCUCAAUAGGUUCAAAUCUUUGGAAUCCAAACAAAGAACCUGUUGGAUGAAAAGCAACUCAUUUCUAAAAGAUGCUGCCGUUCAGAGUUUCCAGGAGUCAGCUCAGGGCCAGUAUUUGCCUAAAUGACUAAACUCCUAGUCACGUCCUUGUUGGAUCUUGUUUAAAAUAUCCUUGUCAGACUUACCAUUAACAAGUUACGUGAAUGAUUAACAAUGAGAAGCAGCGAGGCUACUGCAGGCCUAGAGCUAGACACAAGGGCAUCUGUUUGAAAUGUUCAACUCAGAAUUGUGAUACUGCCAGCUUGGUUACAUUGUACAUGCUGGAACCGCAUUGAUGCACUAUUUAUCUACACAGGUGAAAAAUGCAAAUAAAAAACAAGUCAUUCAUUCAUAAAUAAACAAAUAGACUUUGCAACAGCACUGAUUAAAAUAAUGUGCAACUUCUGGUCCCCUGUGUGCCGUGCAUGCUUGGUUUUGUACACCAGGCAUAAGAAGCUGUCUCAUUUUUCGUAAGAAAGGGGUAUGGAAUGGAUAUCUGACCGACUUCUGAUUGUGAAAAAAAAAACAAGACUGCAAUGUAUUGUUUACAAUAGGGAAUGUAUGUAAAGACGUGAUAAAAUAGUAGCUUCCCUGAUAAUGUUAAUAUAACUUUAAUUUGUGCUUGACAGUAUGUCUAUGUGUGUGUGUGUGUGUGUGCGUGCGUGCAUGUGUGUGUGUGUGCGUGUGUGUUAAAUUCUCUGAGUCGUGUAUCACUUGCUAUAGUAUGAUGAAGCCUGACAAUGUAAAAGACAUGUGGCUGUCCAUCCAUUGGUCUCAUUGAACACUGCUCAGCUAUGCACUGCUGUGCUUUAUAUCAAUACACUUCAGGACUGUGGCUUGUAUUAAUCAGUCCGUUUCACUACACCCACCACACUCCAUACAGGGUUCAUUUGGGUUGGGUUGAGUUUGUGCUUUCCUAUUUUAACUGAACAGAUUCUACAGGUUAAAUAAAGAAUGCAGUUUUUGCAGGUUCUCAGUAACCGUUCUAACCCAGAA